UUCUGUUUCAUUUUUGUCCUUGUGCCUUUUCUUUUUUUAAACAACGCAAUUUUGUCCCAAUUUCCAAAUGUCCCGCGUUAUGACUCUGAAACUCUAAUUUUUACUUUCCCUCCUCGUUGAUAAUGAGAUAAAAGUGUCCCAAUUUUCCCUAAAUUUCCCUCUCUUCAACUUGCAAAUUCUUCUCGUUUGCUUUUUGAAUCAUCCACAAAAACCAUUCUUCUGAACCCACCCGAGGUUUCAAUCUCUCUUUUAUACUCUUUUACUGACUUUGAGAACUUUUAUACGAGUUUCUUCAAGUUUUGCUAAGUGAAAGAAUACCAAAAGCCCAAUUUUCUAUAUUUCUCUUUGAAAUCACAUACGACAACAAUGUCUGAAGUUAUUGAAAACACUGCUACUUUGCAAAAGUACCUCGAUUUGGACCAACGUGGUAAGAUCAUUGCCGAGUACAUUUGGAUUGAUGGUCAAGGUUCUAUUCGUUCCAAGGGCCGUACUUUGGCCAAGAAGCCAGCUUCUGUUGAUGACUUGCCAGAGUGGAACUUUGACGGUUCAUCUACUGGCCAAGCCCCAGGCCACGACUCUGAUGUCUACUUGAGACCAGUUGCUAUGUACGCCGAUCCAUUCAGAAGAGGUGACAACAUCAUCGUCCUUGCUGAGUGUUGGAACAACGAUGGUACUCCAAACAAGUUCAACCACAGACACGAGUGUGAAAAGUUGAUGCUUGCACACAAGGAUGAGGACAUCUGGUUUGGUUUGGAGCAAGAAUACACUUUGUUCGACACCAACGACAACGUUUACGGAUGGCCAAAGGGUGGUUUCCCAGCCCCACAAGGUCCAUACUACUGUGGUGUUGGUGCCGGUAAGGUUUACGCCCGUGAUGUUAUCGAGGCCCACUACAGAGCUUGUCUGUACGCUGGUAUCAACAUUUCUGGUAUCAACGCUGAAGUGAUGCCUUCCCAAUGGGAGUUCCAAGUUGGUCCAUGUACCGGUAUCGACAUGGGUGAUCAAUUGUGGGUUGCUCGUUACUUGUUGCACAGAGUUGCCGAGGAAUUCGGUGUCAAGAUUUCAUUCCAUCCAAAGCCAUUGAAGGGAGACUGGAACGGUGCUGGUUGUCAUACAAACGUCUCUACAAAGGUUAUGAGACAACCAGGUGGUUUGAAAUACAUUGAGGAGGCCAUUGACAAGUUGGCUAAGCGUCACAAAGAGCACAUCCUUCUUUAUGGUGCUGACAACGAUAUGAGAUUGACUGGUCGUCAUGAGACCGCCUCCAUGUCCUCUUUCUCUGCCGGUGUUGCCAACAGAGGUGCAUCCAUCAGAAUCCCAAGAUCUGUUGCCAAGGAGGGUUACGGUUACUUUGAGGAUCGUCGUCCAGCUUCUAACAUUGACCCAUACUUGGUCACUGGUAUCGUUGUUGAGACCAUUGUUGGUCCAAUUCCAGAUGCUGACAUGUCCAAGGAGUUCCAAAGAGAGACCGAUGAGAUCUAAGCAGGUUCUCGCUCGUUGUGUUGAUGUUGGGAGUUGUUGUGGUGCAUGAUAUCUGGUUGUAACAUUUAUUUGUUUUAUAUAUUAUCUCUACAGGAAAAUUGUUACACACAGCUGAUAUAAAAAUUCGAAAUAUUUCUUAA